AUGGCGACUCAAGAUCCACAGGUGAUCGCGCAGCUAGUGAACUCCCUGGAGGAGGCUCGCAAGGCUAAAAAGGGCGAGACGAGGUACUCCUGCAAAAAGAACACCUUCACAGUGGCCGGCACCCAGAAUGUGACGGUGGACUCAUGGAAGUUCCAGGAUUGGGAUUAUAAGCGCCCUGAUCUGCCGACAUAUGCCCGUGGUCUGUUCACUGCCAGAAGGAAAGACAACAUUCCCGAAAUUGUGACGCGUGGAUACGACAAGUUCUUCAACGUGGGCGAGACGAAGACCACCGAGUGGCGUAACAUUGAGAAGAACACACGAGGCCCUUACGAGCUGAGUGUAAAAGAGAAUGGUUGCAUUAUUUUCAUCUCCGCCUUGGAGGAUGACAAGUUGCUGGUCUGCAGCAAGCACUCGACUGGUGUCCGCGAAGAUGUCAAGCUCAGCCACGCCCAGGCAGGAGAACGCUGGACGGAACGUCAUGUCUCAUCCGUGAAUCGAUCUGUCAAGGAUCUCGCUCGCACUUUACGAGAGAUGAACGUCACAGUUGUUGGAGAGCUCUGCGAUGACAGCUUCGAGGAGCAUGUAUUGGCCUACGAUGAAGCAUCUUCCGGCAUCUACCUCCACGGUCUCAACUACAACCAGCCUAAUUUUGAAACGAUGUCUUGUGACCAGGUACACAAGUUUGCAGAUGAGUGGGGCUUCAAGAAGGCCAAAUUUGAGGUCUUCGACGAUAUCUUCAGGGUACAGAGCUUCCUAGAAGGAUGCGCAGAAACUGGCACAUGGGAUGGGCGUGAGACUGAAGGUUUCGUCAUUAGAUGUCAGCUGAGUGACAAUGGAACGGAGCCUUACCGGCAUUGGUUCUUCAAGUACAAGUUCGAGGAGCCGUACUUGAUGUACCGCCAAUGGCGCGAAUGCACCAAAGCCGUCAUCUCAGGGAAACAUCCCAAGAUCAGAAAGCAUGAGCAGAUUACCGAAGAAUACCUACAAUUUGCUCGGCGGACUCUGAUGAAAAACCCCAAGGUAGCAACUGAGUACAUGCAUAACCAUGGUAUCAUCGCUUUGCGGGAGGCGUUCCUGAAGGAACGAGGAAUGAAUGGAUUUGAGAUUAUCGCCCAGGAGGCGAGAAAGCUGACUGAAUCGAAGGAGGUCAAUCGAAAUGUCAUCCUCGAACCAGUUGCUUCGCUGGGAUGUGGCAAAACGACUGUUGCUUUGGCCCUAGUGCGACUGUUCGGAUGGGGACAUGUUCAGAACGAUAAUAUCCCCAAACAGAAGAACAAGCCCAAGAAGUUCGCUUUCGAAGUCAGCCAUUCGCUGGGAGAGCAUGGCGUUGUUAUCGCUGAUCGCAACAACCACCAACGACGCGAACGCAAGCAGCUCAUGGACGACAUCUAUCCUGUGCUCCCAGAUGCGCAGUUUGUCGCAAUGCAUUACAUCCACGAGCCCAAGGAACAACGGCUCCCUAUCAUCAGAGAGGUCACUCGCAAGCGUGUGCUGGACCGUGGCGACAACCACCAAUCCAUUCGCGCCGGCACAAACGCCCGAGAGGAAACAAUCGGGAUCAUGGAAGGAUUCCUGGGCCGCUUCGAAGCAGUUGACACGAACCGCGAUCCAGACCAAUACUUCGACCACGUAAUCGACCUCGACGUGUGUGCCUCAUCUCGCGAGAACCUCGAAACCGUCGUCAAAGCCAUGCACGCCGCAUACCCCCGUCUAGUCCCGACCAUGCCGACAGCAGAGGAGCUCGAUGCGGCCAUCGACGCCUCUCUGAACGACUACCGCGUCGAGACAGACCUGAGCUACAGCUACGACCGGCCAUCAAAGCAAAAGGUCAAGUCCAAAAGUCCAGGCAACGGACAAAAUGGACCCCUCCUCCCGCAACCAACGGACUCUCCUUUCUCCCCAGAAGCCCUCGCCCAAAAGAUCGAAUACUUCAAUAUCUCCCUCCCGGCAACCGAAAUCACCUCAGUUCUCCACUCCCUCUUUCCUCCGACAACACCAGCCCAAACAGCCCGCCUUUACCACCAACUCGUAAAUUCCCGCCGCCUCCAAGCAGCCUUCCACGUCACACUCAUCCACCGCGCAUCCAAAAAGGACCACCCAGAAACCUGGGCCAGUCUCGCAGACCGCUACAUCAACGAGCAGACCACCUCCCCCGUCCCAAAGCCAAUCCAGUACCCACCAACUCUCGGGUCCGCACGCGUGCGUCUCGAACGCCUCGUCUGGGACAACCGCAUCAUGGCCUUCGUCGUGCGCAUCUUGCCAGCCGAGGGGUCUGAAGCGGAGGGUAUGGAAGCGGCCAAUGCUGCUCAGUGGCCUUGCGCGAAUUCCAUCCCGCACAUCACGGUCGGCACCGCUUCGCAGGAUGUCAAGCCGAAGGAGAGCAAUGAUCUUCUGCGCCGAUGGGUUGAGGUCGGGUCUGGAGGUGACACGGGCAUUUUCGAGGCAGAGAUUACAGGCGUUAAAGUUGUCGAUGGAACAGUGGGGUUGGUUAUGAGUCGGGGAAAGUAUUAA